GCGGCCGCCAGCAUCCCAGCGGCCCUUGCGCGCUCCCGCCCUGCUGCUCGGCUCCCGGCGGCGGCGGCAGCGUGGGCCCGGCCAGGCCAGCGGCAGCCAUGGCGUACCGCGGGCAGGGCCAGAAGGUGCAGAAGGUGAUGGUGCAGCCCAUCAACCUCAUCUUCCGCUACCUGCAGAACAGAUCCAGGAUCCAGGUGUGGCUCUAUGAGCAGGUGAACAUGAGGAUAGAAGGCUGCAUCAUUGGCUUCGAUGAAUACAUGAACCUGGUGCUGGAUGAUGCAGAGGAGAUCCACUCCAAAACGAAAUCAAGGAAGCAGCUGGGUCGGAUCAUGCUAAAGGGGGACAACAUCACUCUGCUCCAGAGUGUUUCUAACUAGGGUUUGUUCUUCUCCACCUCAAACAACAGCUCUAGACUGAAGCAAGUGUUGGUGGCAGCAGGAGCAGGCAGUGGAGUGGCAGUUUUGUGUCACAGGGUCAGGCUGCAGGCUGCUUUGGGCAGCUCCUGGGGAGGGGUUUUUGUAGUUUGAAACAAUUGAGCAUUUCUUUCACAAAUAAAACGUUUUUCAUGGUA